GCAUUGCAUCUAUAUUGUGCUGCCACUGCUACUUCUGCACCAGCCAUGUCUCCACAGGCGGACUUUGAUAAGGCUGCAGAAGAUGUAAAGAAGUUGAAAACCAGGCCAACUGAUGAGGAACUGAAGGAACUAUAUGGGCUUUACAAACAGUCAACUGUCGGAGACAUAAAUAUAGACUGCCCUGGAAUGUUAGAUCUCAAGGCAAAAGCAAAAUGGGAUGCGUGGAAUUUAAAAAAAGGAUUGUCAAAAGAAGAAGCAAUGCAUGCCUACAUCUCUAAAACAAAUGAGCUGGUUGAGAAAUAUGGGCUGUAACGUUCCUCCCUCAUUGUGAAAAAGAAUGUGAUAUGUACUAUAGAUUCCUGCUGAUGCUACUAUAAUCGACUGUAGGUUUGUACAAGGUUGGGGGUUCAUUAAACCUUAGGCAUGUUUCUCCCAGCUAUAGAACUGUCUUCUUCCUGUUCCCUGCACUGACCUAUUAAACAGUUUUACAAAUCA